GCCCCGGCCGACAAAAGUCCCUUCAGUUCAGCCGGCUGCAGGGGAAGUCCCGGCGCCCGGCGAAACCACCCUCCCGUGCAGCCGAGCCCAGCCGCGCUCCGGCCGCCGUCCCCGGCGGCCCCAUGCCCCGAUGCCCCGCGGGGGCCAUGGACGAGGGGCCCGUGGACCUGCGCACCCGGCCCAAGGCCGCCGGACUCCCGGGAGCCGCGCUGCCGCUCCGCAAGCGCCCGCUGCGCGCGCCCUCCCCGGAGCCCGCCGCUCCCCGCGGCGCUGCGGGCCUUGUCGUCCCCCUGGACCCUCUGCGCGGCGGCUGCGACCUGCCGGCGGUCCCCGGGCCCCCCCACGGCCUGGCCCGGCCGGAGGCGCUUUACUACCCGGGAGCCUUACUGCCUUUGUACCCCACUCGGACCAUGGGUUCCCCGUUUCCUCUGGUGAACCUGCCUACACCCCUAUACCCCAUGAUGUGCCCCAUGGAACACCCCCUUUCUGCUGACAUCGCCAUGGCCACCCGUGCAGAUGAGGACGGAGACACGCCUCUCCAUAUUGCUGUGGUGCAGGGUAACCUGCCAGCUGUGCACCGGCUGGUCAACCUCUUCCAGCAGGGGGGCCGAGAGCUCGACAUCUACAACAACCUACGGCAGACACCGCUCCACCUGGCUGUGAUCACCACAUUACCGUCUGUGGUCCGGCUCCUGGUGACAGCUGGUGCCAGCCCCAUGGCGCUGGACCGCCAUGGCCAGACGGCCGCUCACCUGGCGUGCGAGCACCGCAGCCCGACCUGCCUGCGAGCCCUGCUGGACAGCGCAGCUCCGGGCACGUUGGACCUGGAGGCCCGUAAUUAUGACGGGCUCACCGCCCUGCACGUGGCAGUGAACACCGAGUGCCAAGAAACCGUGCAGCUCUUGCUGGAGCGCGGUGCCGACAUCGAUGCAGUGGACAUUAAGAGCGGCCGCUCCCCGCUCAUCCACGCCGUGGAAAACAACAGCCUUAGCAUGGUGCAGCUGCUGCUGCAGCACGGCGCCAACGUGAACGCGCAAAUGUACUCCGGCAGCUCCGCCCUGCACUCAGCGUCCGGCCGCGGGCUCCUCCCGCUGGUGCGCACGCUGGUCCGCAGCGGCGCUGACAGCAGCCUCAAGAACUGCCACAACGACACGCCGCUCAUGGUGGCGCGCAGCCGCAGGGUCAUCGACAUCCUGAGGGGGAAGGCCACCCGGCCUGCUUCCACCUCCCAGCCAGACCCCUCCCCUGACCGGAGCGCCGACACCUCCCCCGAGAGCAGCAGCCGCCUCAGCUCCAACGGUCUUCUCUCUGCAUCACCAUCCUCCUCACCCUCCCAGUCUCCCCCUAAGGACCCCCCUGGAUUCCCCAUGGCUCCUCCCAAUUUCUUCCUUCCUUCCCCAUCUCCACCUGCCUUCAUGCCCUUUGCUGGGGUCCUCCGAGGCCCUGGCCGGCCGGUGCCCCCCUCCCCAGCUCCAGGAGGCAGCUGAGGGGGAUGGGGGGGCAGAUCUUGGACUCAUGAGGAGGGGCCCCCCUGCCCUGUGGGGUCAACCCUUUUGGAAACUGUGAAGAUCUCACUCUGCCCCCCCCCCCAUCUUCGGGACCAGGAUUUGCACAGAAGCACAUGCACCUACCCAUACACUCCCACUUCUGAACACAGAUGUUCCCCCAUCUCGCUCCCUCCCAGGACUCUGACCCCAGCAUUCUCAGGCACCAGUCCCUGUCCGGAAUGCCACCCACAUCUUCCAUUUCCAUGUCCCCUCCCAGAGCUGGUGGACCCAGGAAACAGCCACUCCCCUCCACUCUCUACCAGAUAACUGAGGAGGGGAGAGGUGAGCCGUAACGGGCACGAAUCACGAUGUAAAUUAUUAAGCAUUUUGGUUGGAUUUCUUUUGUAAUAAACUAUUUUUGUACCAUA